UCUAUAUUAUCGGUAUCAUCACAGAUCAAAUCAAUCUGGACCGUCCAUAUCUACCCCUUCAAACUAUACCUCACCUUCCACCCCAAACAACCCCCCUCUCUCUCUUUCGCCGAACAUACACCAGUCAAGUCGUCCUUUUCCGAUCUGCUUCUUCGCAGAUUUGUAAUUGAAUAUUGAAGGUCGAAGAAGAAGGAAAACAGGAUGUUUGGAAGAGCACCGAAGAAGAGCGAUAACACCAAGUAUUAUGAGAUCCUCGGGGUUCCGAAAACCGCAUCUCAGGAUGAUCUGAAAAAGGCGUAUCGGAAAGCCGCUAUUAAGAAUCAUCCUGAUAAAGGUGGAGAUCCUGAGAAGUUUAAAGAGCUUGCUCAAGCAUAUGAGGUACUGAGUGACCCAGAGAAGCGUGAGAUAUAUGAUCAGUAUGGUGAGGACGCAUUGAAGGAAGGAAUGGGCGGUGGAGGCGGUGGUCAUGACCCCUUUGACAUCUUCCAGUCUUUCUUUGGUGGUAGUCCUUUCGGUGGAGGCGGUGGUGGUAGCAGCAGGGGACGAAGGCAACGAAGGGGAGAAGAUGUUGUUCAUCCUCUCAAAGUUUCUCUCGAGGAUCUUUAUAACGGAACUUCCAAGAAACUAUCCCUUUCACGCAAUGUAAUCUGCUCCAAGUGUAAAGGGAAGGGUUCAAAGUCCGGUGCUUCAAUGAAAUGUGCUGGCUGUCAAGGUUCCGGAAUGAAGGUUUCCAUCAGACAUCUUGGACCAUCUAUGAUCCAGCAAAUGCAGCAUCCUUGUAAUGAAUGCAAGGGUACCGGUGAAACCAUCAACGACAAGGAUCGAUGCACACAGUGCAAGGGUGAGAAAGUUGUCCAGGAGAAGAAGGUACUUGAAGUACACGUCGAGAAGGGCAUGCAGAAUGGGCAAAAGAUUACAUUCCCCGGAGAGGCUGAUGAAGCACCUGAUACGGUUACCGGUGAUAUUGUGUUCGUGUUGCAACAAAAGGAGCACCCUAAGUUUAAGCGAAAGGGUGAUGACAUAUUUGUCGAGCACACGUUGAGUUUGACAGAGGCCCUGUGUGGGUUCCAGUUUAUCUUAACUCAUUUGGAUAACCGACAACUUCUUAUCAAGUCUCAACCCGGAGAGGUUGUCAAGCCAGAUUCAUUCAAGGCAAUAAACGAUGAAGGAAUGCCGAUGUACCAGAGGCCGUUUAUGAGGGGGAAGCUGUACAUCCACUUCACGGUGGAAUUCCCGGAGUCAUUGUCGCCGGAGCAGUGCAAGGCAUUGGAGGCGGUGCUGCCACCGAAGCCUUCGAUGCAGAUGACAGACAUGGAGCUGGACGAAUGUGAGGAGACGACUCUUCACGAUGUCAACAUAGAAGAGGAGAUGAGAAGGAAGCAGCAACAAGCGGCUCAGGAAGCUUAUGAUGAAGAUGAAGACAUGCAUGGUGGAGCCCAAAGAGUACAAUGUGCACAACAGUAACUCCAAUAAUGGUCUAGGUUUGGUUAUCUGAUAGACAAUAAUGUCAGUUGUGAUUUUGUUUCUUUCUUUUUUGUUUUAAAAUAUGAUGAUACCAUUAAGUGUUUAAAGAUAGUGUGAAUGAUUUGAAAGACUGGUUGGUUUGGUCGCUAUUACUUAUAAAGUUCUGCAUUUGAUGAGCUA